GAUGAAGAAGCCGCCGCCUGGGCGGCUCUGCGUGCCGCCUUUGGCGAAGAGAGCAGUCCCCCGGCUGCUACGAAGACACUCAAGGCAGAGAAGAAGCCGAAGAAGCCUGCAACACGGCCAAAGAAAGACCUCCCGCCGGAGGUGCUCACGGCACCAGGCCCAAAGUUGGAGGCGAAAGCCCCAGCUGAUACUACAGCUGAGUGGUUGCAAGCUGAGGUCGAUCGCUUGGUUGGGGAAGUGCAACGCAUCGCGCUGCAGCCCUUUCCGGCGGAGUUGCUGCGCGCGCUGUGGAAACUGCCACUGGAGGAGCAGCAGGAUGUGUUGCUGGGAGCCUCUGAGCUGCAGGGCAAGAGUGGUCGAAGCGGUGCCAACUCAACGGGAGGAGUCUGGCAGCUGGUGGCUGAAGAGGUGCGUGCGCGAGGGGGUCAAGCAACAUUGGCUGGUCCAACUCCUCCGGAGCGCGCGAGCCGAGCGCGGGUGCAAGUUAAAGGCGAAGCAGGAAAAACGACGACAACGAAGGGGCCGAAGCGUGCGCGAUCGCCAUCGCUGUGA